ACCUGGGGAUGGGGGGCACAUUUUACUUCCAGGAAAUUAAAAAAAAAUUGUCCCCAGGAUCAGCGACCUCCGCCCCCAGGAUAGCUUCUUCUAAUCCCUUAUUUCUGCUUCAAUACAGUCUGUCCAUGUUGACUUUCUGUUGGGCUCGAGGGGCUAUAUCUCUCUUAGUUAAGGAGAUAUAUGAACAUCUUGCCCAAUUGGUUCAUAUCCCUCUUCAAUUCUGCUGCAUAAAAGAAAGAGAGAUGGAUUUCUUUCUUCCCUGAUCCCUCAUACCAGUAAUCCCUGGGAGAGACUGUUAUUUGUAAAUAAGUCAUUAAUGCUGUUUCUACAUUACAGAGAUAUAAUUCCCAUUCCAACAGCCAAUAUUUAUUGCCGGUUUAUUUUAGUCAUCUACCUUAGGAAUUCAUUUUUGGCAAAACUGAGUUAGGCUGAGUUUAUCUUACUAAAAUAGAAUCUGUGUCAAAAACCCCAGUUGACUUUAGCAGUAAUUAAACACUGGCACAUUUUCAGAAAUACACAUGCUCUGCAAAUAGAGCCGGUUUUCUUUUAACACUUACAUGAUUGCCAUAAAUGAGGGAUUAGCCUCAACAAAGCCAUGGAACCAAUAAGGGCUAUGUUCCUGGUUCUGGGAUGCUUGAUUCCCCCUUCCACUCUGUACCCUGUGUUUGGGCUAAAUAUCAGGUCCUGACCUCCUUCUUGGGCUACUCUAGACAAGCAUGACUCCAGGUGUCCCCAGCCUAUGGCAGGAAGAGUGAUUGAGCCUUUACCUGAAGUUUUGCCAUCAACUCAAGAUUGGGGAAGGAUGAUUAUGAGGGUGGUAACCUGCAAGACAGAACAUAGUCCGUGCCCUUUCUCUUGCAAUUAAGCUGCCCUGUGUCACAUCUUACAGAAUAUCAAGUCCUGAGAAAUAGGAGGUAGUCAAAGUCUUUUCUCCAUGGCUUACAACUUGAAAUGUCCAGUCUCUGCAGACACCUUUAAUGGACUGUUUAAGACAAACAAAAGUUUCACAAUCUAUUGUAGAAGAUAAAACCAGAGGGAAAGAGAGAUUUGAGAGGUGGGGCAUCUUUUUUAUUAAAUCCUAUUUUUCUUACUUUUUAAUUUUAUUACUUGGUGGAGACUGUUUAGUCCUUUUUUCUUUUUCCUUCCUAAUUUCCAUGUUCAAAAUGAAAUGACUGUGGACUUAUUGGUUUACAAGAUUCCAAGACAAUGAUUCUGAAGCUGAAUGUUGGGCAAGUUUUCCGAUGAACACUGAAGAAAGAACAGUUAAUUUCUUUGCCUAACGAAAACCCAAACUCUUAAGUGUGGCAUGGACUUCAAGCCGGUCUCAUAAACACGAUCUGUUUUUCCCAUCUUCUGGCUGUUGCUUUUCUUCCAAAAUGUGUGGGGUCUGGAUUCAGAGAGUAAAAGAAUCCAUGUCUCAGGGCUACGAAUCAGGAACUCCUUUAGCAUUGACUUAGCCCUGUUUCUUGACUGUAUGCAUUUACUUCAAAUGUUCUCAUUAGAGAUCCUCAGAUGGGGAAGAGUGUGGUCCGGAUUCUUAUACUUGUUGUUCUAACACAUACUUUGUGCUUCUGAGAGCAAAGCCAACCGGCUGAGCACAGCGUGUUCUCAGUCACGACUGCUAAAAGAGGCUGGGCGGGGCAAUGGCUGCACAAGAAGACACCUUCCUGACUCGCCCCAUUGCCUGGAGGGGAGAAUGUCAGAACGGGAGGUCAGCCAUGGCCCCUCCUUGGUCCAUGAAUUUAGAUCAGAGUAGGGAAAAUCUGUUGGAACAAGGGCAUCUAGCAGACAUGACUAUGUUAGCACACGCAGCCCUGCUCGGAGACCCGAGAACGGUGUGUCAGUGGGAAACUGGCUCCCACUGCCGUCAGAUGUGCGCUGGCUGGUUUGGGGACCACACAGGCUUCAGUAGAGGACAUAGAAAGGUCAUCCUACAUAGAGUCUCUUUUCCUGCCUGAUUUAAAACAAACUGGGGUUAAUUAAAAUGCAGAAAACUCCUAAGCAUUUGAGAUGCAUAAGAUUUUUUGAAGCAGGGGACUUUAUGUCCUCCCUGAAGACAUCUGCCUUUCUACAGUGCUUUCAGCAGAAAAACUUUUCUGGGUAGUGUAGUUUUUAUAGUUACAAUUUGAUCUUGUCUAAUGAUGUUUUCUUUCUUUGCAUCAUUUAAAAUUUAGAUAGUACAUUGAAUCAUGCAUUUUUCAGAAAGAGCACUGCCCUAUACAUUAUUAGAUUUCAUGAUUUCAUCUGCCUGUGACAGCUGACUUUUGGCUGACUGUGAUGCUGGUGCAUUCCUUUUUCUCAUUCAGAUGCCUGCUUCAUUUCUUCUCUUCUCAAUUAGAACAAUUUCUCUCUAGAAUCCUUGAUCUGACUUCAAAUUAGAAUCAACUAUCUUGCCCUGUGUUCUCAAGGGGUUCGAUCUUCUAGUGAAUUCAGGUGAGGAAAACAUUUUCAGAAAUAUGAUCAUAGUACUUGGAAAACAAUUCACUCUGGUUUCCCUGGCAGUGCGAAUUAUCCUCUCCUUGGAAUGGUUCUCCAACACAGAUUGACUCAGUUCUCUUAUGCACAGAUGCAUCUUUUACCCUCCGAUCAAAUCUAAACAAAAUAUAAACAUUGCUAAGCCAACAAUAGUAAGACGUCCACCAACAAUUGUUUGCUACAUUUGUGGUCGUGAAUAUGGAACAAAAUCUAUCGGCAUCCAUGAGCCGCAAUGUCUGAAAAAAUGGCAUAAUGAAAAUAACUUGUUGCCUAAAGAGUUAAGGAGACAAGAACCUAAAAAACCAGAAGUCAGGACCAUUGCAGCCAAAGGUUUCUAUGAUCUCAAUGCUUUAAAUGAAGCUGCUUGGACAAGUGCCCAGAGCCAGUUGGUUCCUUGUAAUAUUUGUGGGCGUACCUUCCUGCCGGACAGACUGAUUGUUCACCAACGAUCCUGUAGACCCAAAGUCUCCAAGUAAAGUUCUCUCUCGUUUCUGAAGUGUUACCAGAAGUAAAUCCCCUUUGAAAGAGAUCAGGAUAUUGACAGAAGGGGAAAAAGGAGGUGAGGAGAGGAGACAAGAGAACUUGGAAUUGACAAGGGGGUAGUCUAGCUUCAAGCGGUCACUGGCGGCCCAGCACAGUGCUUUGGUGACUUAAGUGGAUCCCUGCCUUUACAGGGAGGCUCACACGCUCUGGUUUUAACAGGCAGCUGCAUGUGCAAAAUAGACACACUGGGGGCCAUUUCACACUUUUGUCAGGAAGAAUUACGAGUGAGCUGCUUCUCAUCAAAGCUGGCAUUUUUGACUAAAGGAAAUUUCAGUGCCAAUUUUUGCAAUUUUUCCUCCAUUCUAUUUUCCUGAACAAGAUUUUGAUCCUCACAAUUAGGUCUAUUAUUCAGUAAAAGGAGCAACUUCAGGCAAACAACUUAAUCCAAGAAAGAAUUAGAUACCUCUCUAUUCUUGUGUUUUCCUAAAAUAUUAUGCCACACCCCACUUCUAUUGAUCCAGGGAAAGUUUUAAAAUUGAGUUAUUGACUGGGAUGAUUCUUUUCUCUACAUGAUCAUCAACAGGAGAGACACUUGAAAAAGGGCUGAGAACUUAAAAUCCUGGAACAAUGUCUAAUUCAUACUUCCUUUCUAAUAGUGAGAACUGCCAUGGAGAAAUUUCAGACCCAGUGCCAGCCUCAUUUGUCAAGAGACUGCUGCAAUACAGUACAUCAAAAUGGGUGGUGGCUAGCUCCUUCCUGGUACAGGAGAAGUCUAGUGAGAGUUCUCUGUCCCCUCCUAGGGGUUUAUAGGUGUUCGACUGUCAAGAUCUAAAAGCCUGCCAGGAAGUUUUGUGCCUCCCUGCCCGAGGCCCAUGCAGAGUAAGUGGGUUGUGAAACUGCUCUGAGUACUUGAAUGUGUACUCAUAAAGGUGGGGCUCUCCUGGGGGGAGGCCAAGGCCAGGGAGGUGGCUGUGCCCAGGAAAUUCUGCUCCCCCAGGCAGCGCUGCUUCGCCUGGACUCCCAGCAGCUUUGCUUGAGAUCUUUGUUCAUUUUAUGGCUGACUUUCAGGACCAUGCUGGAUCCACUGGGUCACUGUAAGCCUCACAUUCAUGACCUUAUACAGCACAGUUAGCUCCAAAUUAUACAAGCAAAUUGAUUUGACCUAAUAUUUUGAUCAUAUGUCUCCCUAUUACACAGGGUUAGGUUAGGAUAAAUGUGCUAAUAAUUCUGACUUUCCUGUCCGUUCCAAAGGAAGUAAGAGAUGAGCGUUUAGACAUCCUCAAAUAAGAUUAUCAUCUUGUGAAAGAUAUGGUAUUUAAUGACUUAUAGUUGACCAUUUUGUUCUUUUAUCUUGUUAAUAAAAAUGACAAAAACUCUAACCCAGUGUGCUCUGGGUCAGCCAUUCUGCAAAGUGCUUCAUGUACAUAAUUUUCUUUAAAUCUCACAUCAAUCCUACAAAUAUAUUUCAUUAUCCUUAUUUUACAGAUGAAGGAACUGAUGUUUAAAGAGACUAACUAGCUAAUUCAAGGUCAUAGUGGGUUUGACAUCAAUCCAAGAGUUCUGGACAAUUAUCAAGGGAAAUGCAUAGGAAAUAGCUCACCUGUUUCUCACCAACUGCCCUCCCCCAAAUUAGUUCACAUCUGUGCAGAUAUCUCUACUCUUAAAAGAAAAUAAUUCCUUUAACAAUGCUUGGCACUUCCAUGAGCUAUGAAUUUCCUUGAAAUGCCUCCCACAGAUAAUCUAGAUAAUGAAGAGCAGACAUCAGAUGAAGGUACUUGGAACUCUCACUCAUCCAGACAGUUAUUUGCCUAGGAUAUAAUGUUAUUACAGGCAUCAAAAACAAUGCAAUUUCCUCACUACUCUAUUAAUUGCUGCUGCACAAACUUUAAUUGAACGCCCCUUCAGUGGAGGUUAUGGGAAGAA